AUGAAUCAAGUCUGCACCUGGAGUGGCGCGUCUACUGACGGGACUCCGGCCAAUUCAUUCAGGUACGAAUACGUCCGCGCCUUCGAGCGCGACGAGAUUUUGUUGCCCAACACUUGGAUCGUAGUCAGAAUUGACGGACGGGGAUUUCACCGGCUAUCAACACACUACAACUUCCACAAACCCAACGACAUACGCGCCUUGAAUCUCAUGAACGCAGCCGCUGAGUACGUCGUAACGUCGAUACCGGAGAUUGUGAUUGCAUAUGGCGUCUCGGACGAAUAUAGUUUUGUGUUUCAUCGGUCGACGAAUUUGUUUGAGAGGCGCGCGGCGAAGCUGGUGAGUACGAUUGUGAGUGCGUUUACGGCUGCUUAUGUGAAGCUUUGGCCGGAUGUUUUUGUGAAUGGGGGUCUGAGUUUGAGCAUGUUGCCCACAUUCGAUGGAAGGGCGGUGUGUUAUCCCUCCUGGGAGAAUUUGAGAGAUUAUUUGAGUUGGAGACAGGUUGAUUGCCACAUUAAUAACCUCUACAACACGACCUUCUGGGCCCUGGUCCAACAAGGCGGCAUGAGCCCGACCGCCGCAGAGGAGUUUUUAAAGGGAACUGUGUCUAGCGACAAGAAUGAGAUACUUUGGUCACGGUUCGCCAUCAACUACAACAAUGAGUUGGAGAUGUUUCGCAAGGGAAGCGUCGUUUACCGAGAAUAUGCGCUUGAACAAGGCACUACUGGUAGCAGCAGGCUCAAAAAUGCCGAAGGAGAGACUAGUGGUAGUCAGGUUGCAACGCAGCUCGAAGGCGGUGGGGCUGCCCUGGAAGGGAUGAAUGAGAAUAUCGAGGCAGAGGAGGAAGAUCACGGCCGCGGAAUUGAAGCCCCUAUUUCGAAAACCCAGGCUGAAAAAAUUAAGAAGGCCAGGCAAAAGGCAAAGGUCGUGACGAGGCAUGUCGACAUUAUCAAAGAUGACUUUUGGCUCCAGCGACCAUGGAUUCGGAGCGGCAAGCCGGGAAGAUUGGUGGAGAAAUGA